AUGCUCACAUUUCACAUGAGCGCGUCUUCCGUGACCACGACAAUGCUGCGACGAAGGAAAGAGUCGAUUGCCCGAGAGUCUGACUUGGUGGAUGUCCAACUCCGACUCCUUCGUUCCCAAGAGGCAGACUACCAAAUUCUUCUUGACGACAUUUUCGCCCGCAAGCAUGCGGUUUCCACUCAGCGCAAGGAACUGGAAGCUCGCCGCCGAGAGCUUGACCGACAACGUCAUCCCAUCCACUGGCUACCCCCAGAACUUCUCAUUCACAUCUUCCUCGCCGUGGUACACGAUGAUUCACCUACGGUGGCGCCCUUUCAUCGUGCACCUGUUGUUCUUUCCCAUGUUUGUUCUCGGUGGCGGUCGUUGACAUUGGGGGUUUCUCGGCUUUGGUCAAGGAUUCUACUUCAGAGCGAGGCGGGGAGCGGGGCAGCCACGGUGGAGUUUCUCAGGCGGUCGCUCGCAGCGCCGCUUGACAUUACCUUCGCUUUGCCGGGCCCGUUGGUCAACGAUGACAUGGAGUUCCAACGCGCCGAACAGCUAUUUGGCUAUCUGGACCCCCAUUUCUCCCGAAUACGAAGUCUUUCCGUCCAAACCAGAGCAAUGGUCAUGUCGAAGCUGGUCCUCAGUCUGCGAUUGAAAGACUUGAGCAACCUGCAAAGCCUCGAUUUGACUGCGUUGACCCUGGCGCAACUCCCCAACUUAUCAACACCGUAUACUGUAUUGAACCCCAGCCAACCGGAGACUUCAGCAUCCAAACCUCCCCUGCGCCACCUCCGUUUGGAUCGUUUACCAUUGUAUAACAUUCCCACCCCCUUCCUCGUCAAUCUGGUCACUUUAGAGCUCAACUUUCCUCCAAAGAAACUCACAGCGGAGCAACCCAGCUCAUAUAUGCUGCGACUGUCACACCUUCUUCGCUUUCUGCGCGAAACUCCCAAACUUGAGGAGCUGGUGUUGACAAACACAGUACCAUAUGUUGACGUUGCUCGGAACGAUGAAGAGCAUGCCCCGCUUCUCCCAAUACUCCCACGGGUGAACUCUAUAGAGCUUGUCCACCUCCGAUCCAUCGACUGGGCCUAUCCCUUUGCCUCUGACGUACAUUACUUCCUCUCGUUCUUGGUGCUACCCGUGCUCGAAAGCAUCGAUAUUGGCGUUCAAGAAUUUACCAGCUAUAGACCUCAUGUUCACUUAUUCCGUGGUUAUACUGAAUCCGGCGCCUCGCAGCUUUGGAAUCGGAUUCAUCAACUGCCUGCCCUUCGGUCAGUCAGCAUCCAAUGCGUCAACACUGAUGGUCUGAGCACGGUUCUCCGCAAAUUCACCAUGCCUAACCUCACGUCGCUCGAUCUUGCCUUUGAUCCAGAUGCACCCCUCGUCGCUUUACCGCGACUAGAAGCCUUGUUACGCGAACCUCGGCUGCCGUUUUUGACGACGUUGUCGAUUUCCCACUUUAUUGUACCGCAAGAGAACGUGUCGAUGUUGGGCUAUAUACCAGCACUCCAGAGUCUCAGCAUGGUGGCUUGCAUCGGCGCGCCGCUUAUACUGCGUGGGCUUGUUGUUGGUCGGGCCUGUCCACAACUGACGGAGCUAAGAUUGGAGCUUUGCGACGAUGUCCAGCCGAAAGAGGUUAUGGACCUCGUGCUGGCUCACAACGCUGGACUCAAUGCGGCCCCUGGGAGACGUGCUGGUCCCUUCAUAUCAAGCAAGAGACCGAUGAAGAAGCUGCCUCGCUCAGCCCACCUUGAGAGCAGCGCGGUCGAGGGCGAAGAUGUGACCAGUAGGAUGCUUUCACUGACACUGCAGCAACGGACCAGUGGUCUAAGCCGGAUCCGCAGUGUUUGUGUCGACAAUUGCGCGAAGAUCGAGGAGACUGUGGUGGGCAAACUGCAACAGUUGGGGGUGGAACGAGUGGUGUGGGUUGGGUAG